AUGCCAGAAUCAAGCCAAUUCUCCAGCGACCCACGGCCCCAAGAAGCCGAACAGCCACCAAGCGAGGCGCCUUCGUCGGGGCAGUCAAAUUCCCUCAAGCGCCCGCUACCGGACGAAGAAUAUUUUCCUAACUUCCGAAAUCUCAUUGCUGAACUAGAAUCCAGCUAUAACCAACAUAGUCACGAGCGAGAAUUGCUGAAGGACCGAAUUCAAGUCAUGGAGGAAGAACGGGCCAAGCUCAUCUCAGUCUCAGAGGAACGGGACAGGCUCAAUUCGAGGGUCCUUUCCUUGCAGCAACGUGUCAAGGCCUUGGAAGACGAAAAUAAAGAGGUUUGUUUAAUGGCAUCUCCGAUGCAUAAACACGCCCCGAGCAAUUCGAAGAAGGGCGUAUGGGCGCCGAAGGACGACGAAUGGAUUCGACAUAAAUUCAGCAAACUCGCAUACCGGAUCUACAAAUUCUCGAGAAAGCAUGGCCUCCAAUCGCUCUCGGAAUGCACAAUAAGUAAAAGGGACAAGGAUGGGAUGAUUAAGGAUCUACAAAAUAAUGGAUACUGCUCUGAGGAUACCUGGGAUUCCUUGAUGAAGAAAUCGACAAAUUUCGCUCAUAGAAUCCCAAGGCUUGUGCUCCAAGCAAGAAUUGCCAAAGAGAUCUUUACGAAUAUCUCCCGUCCUUUCUUUCCUUUCGCGCGAGAAUUCAGCAGUUCAAACCCAUUUCCCCAGCCUAGCCCAAGGGAGCUUGAUUUUAUUCACCAGGAGAUGAUGGCUGUGAAUCCUGUCGAAGCUCAUAUAUGGCGCUUUGACACACUCCGAAAAUUAUUCCUGCAAUCACGAAGAACGCGAAUCAUUUCGCUUUGGGGUGUUCUCGAGCAUGACGAGCUAAUAGCAGAUAUGAAAGCCAUUCAGACCAAAGCCGUUCACCUGGCCCUGUCCCUUUGGACUCAGCGGGAAUACUUCAAGCCAUUCUCCCAGAAGGAACUGCCGGUCUUCGAAUCAUCGAAUGAUUCCAUGACUACAUACGGAGUCCCGAAUACGCUAGCUAAUUCCCUCAACGGGUCACAAGUGCUGCUUUGCCUCCAGCCCGCCAUCAUCGCUUAUGGGGAUGAAAACGCAGAGAACUAUGAUGUAUCGAAAGUGUGGGCCGAGGCAGUUAUGCUUGUUGACGAGACAGGAGUUAAUGAGCUGGAGGACGCUAACAAGAACAGAUCUGGUGAGAUAAUGGCUGAGACAGACGACUGA